CAUCGCACAGUGAUUAUCGGACGUUCAUUCAGUGAAUAAAGAGCGCUAAUUUAGCGCGCAUUACUUAAAAAAAAUAUAUAUAUAUUCUUAUAGAUCUUUUUAUGUGCUAGCUAAUCACAACUACUUAGUAAACAAUCUUAAUAGUGUUAAAAUAAAAUUAAACUUGCUCAUAAUAGUUAUUAGUAGUAUUACAAACUUUAAAUUCGGAGGUUACCGAGCUCUUGUUUGUAAAUGCUAGGGCUAAACUUCUAAAAAGCCACCAGGACGUAAAUAUGAGUAUGCCACCUGGAAAUGGUGUGAUGUUGCCGCCAUUGGCGGACGAUGAUUUAAUGCCGUUAUAUGCAAGUUUACGAAGUUUAUCCGAUGGCACCGCACAAAUGCGCACAACACUUUUGGCAUUUCAAAACGAUCAAAUCAUCGCCAACGAUUUUUUUAAUGGCUACCAAAGCGGCUUGGAACCACUGCAUAUUCCCUCAACAGACACAUUAUCGUUAACAGAGCGCAAAAAUGGUUUAAUUAUGAAUGUGGGUAUUCUACUUAGAGAAUAUGGUGUCAUUCAGGACCAGCUGAUCGUUGCAUUGAAAGUGUGGCAACGAAAGCAGGCCUUUGCUGGCAAUGGUGCACCGUUCCCAACCUAUUUAGAUGGUAUACAAUAUGUUGUGGAGUCCUUAAUGGAUCGCAUGGCAGACAUUACAUUAUUUAUAAGUAAUCUGCUGCAUUUUGGAGAUGACCCAACACUUAAUGAGUUCUUGACACAUGCACAGACCUUACAUAACAUACUCAUCUUUUCAACAUUCAUCGUCGAAAAGCAACCGCCACAAGUGAAGAAAAAGGGUUCCAAACUUCAAGCAACUGUGCGCUGGUUGAUCGGUGAUAAAUUGGGCAUUAAUUUGAGCAAACCAGUUGUAAAAUGUGAAAUACUCUCAGAGGCUCUAGCAAAACGACUUACAAUUGAGAAUAUUCAUAUGCCACCAGAGUGCAAUGGCAAAAUGACAGGAAAUGAGUGCCAAAUGGAAUUCGAUGCCAGUAAUAGGAGUUUUUCAGCAAAUUUUUCAAAUCUUGUAAUCCACGACAACAAACGCUCCGUGAAGAAGGGUUCCGAAAUUGUUGCAGACGGCAAAUACGCUUUGCUCUUUUACACAACCGCGAUAUAUAAGGGAUAUGCGAUAAAUUGUUGGGCACUCAGUCUACCCAUAGUUGUUGUGGUACACGAUAAUCAGGCAUCAAAGGGCUGGGCCACAAUUACCUGGGAUAAUGCGUUCUCCGAAAUUGAACGUGAACCAUUUAAAGUGCCAGAGCGAGUACAUUAUAUUAAACUGUUGGAGACAUUAAAUUUGCGAUUCGCCUACUAUACAGGUCGUCAAUUGACUGCAGAAAAUUUGGAAGUUCUUCACAAAAAACUUGUAGGUGAAGCUGUUCAGCCUAACGAGUAUAUAAGUUAUUCACAAUUCUGCAAAGAUAAGUUGCCUGACUGUGGCAUUACAUUUUGGGAUUGGUUCUAUGGCAUAAUGAAAUUGACAAAGGCGCAUUUCAGGCAAAUAUGGCAGGAGGGACAUAUUGUCGGAUUUAUAAGUAAGCUUAGAACCAAGGAAAUAUUGUCGCAACAACCCAUGGGGACUUUCCUACUUCGCUUCUCGGAUAGUCAAAAAGGUGGAAUAACUAUUGCCUAUCGCGACUACUGUGGGAACAUAAUAUUUUUGGCGCCGUGGACUUGCGUACAUUUUCAAAUACGCUCCCUGGCUAAUAGUAUAGGAGAUUUGGAUGUUUUAAAGGUUGUAUAUCCCACCAUGAUGCCCAGCAAUGUUGCUUUCUCUAAUUCACCCACAAAGCACAAUGUUUCAGCAACUAAAGCAAAAUCUGAAGAAGGUGGUUAUGUAGACUCUAUAAUAAAAGUGCAAAUUGAGCCCGCCUCUUCUAAUGACCAGCAAACUUCGCCACAACUUCCUGAAGCUACUGUUGCAGACAAUACCAGCAUGCAGAAUAUGCACAGUUUCCCAAUCGAACAACUUGAAAAUGAAUUGAAUAUCUUCAAUCACCAAACUUUCAAUCGCAUUGAAUGGCAGGACUGGGAUACCGCAUAUUCAACAGCAUCGACAGAUGACUUUUCCUUAAGCGAAAUUAUGUCCCCUGGAUCAUCAAUGAUUGGAGUUUGAACUCCAUAUAAGGAUCUUCAUAUAACUAUAUAUAUGUAUAUACAGGUACACAGAUAUUAUCAAAUAGAUAGAUAUUAGAAAUUGUUAACAGUUUUUCAUGAGUAAAUUUGCAAAAUACUAUUUAUGAAAAAUACUUGUUGUUAGCUUUAAAU